GGAAGGCCAACAGCUCGCACCGUCAUUAAGAUGAGAAUGCAAGAAGAACAAAGCAGCACAAUGGUGAAAUAUCAAGAGAGCAUGGCUCACCUGGGUGAACGUAAAUGGACUCACGUGUUCCCUUUCCUGAUGGUUUCCCUGGUGUACUCUGCCAGUGCCGAAUACUCCAACUGCGGUGAGAAUGAAUACUACAACCAGACCACGGGCAUGUGCCACGACUGCCCCAAGUGUGAGCCGGGUGAAGAACCUUACAUGACAUGUGGAUAUGGCACCAAAGAUGAGGACUAUGGCUGCGUCCCCUGCCCUUCAGAGAAGUUUUCCAAAGGAGGUUACCAGAUAUGCCGACGGCACAAGGACUGCGAGGGCUUUUUUCGAGCCACAGUCAUGACACCUGGGGAUCAGGAGAAUGAUGCAGAGUGUGGUCCCUGUCUCCCAGGUUACUACAUGCUGGAAAACAGACCUCGGAACAUCUACGGGAUGGUUUGCUACUCGUGCUUGCUGGCGCCUCCCAACACCAAGGAAUGUGCAGGCACUAACUCUGGCAUUUCAGCCAUUUUCCCAAGCACUUCUGGCACAAGCACUUUCUCACCUUACCAGCAUGCUCACAAAGCAGAUCUUUCAGGACAAGGACAUCUAGCUACAGCUCUUAUAAUUGCUAUGUCUACUAUCUUCAUAAUGGCUAUUGCUAUUGUCCUCAUCAUCAUGUUUUACAUUGUAAAAACAAAGCCAUCUGCUCAAGCCUGUUGCAAGAGCCACUCAGUAAAAAAUGUCGAAGCUCAGGCUAACACACAAGAAGAGAAGAAAGAAGUUCAAGAUAAUGUUGUGAUAUUCUCUGAGAAAGAAGAGUUUGAAAAACUUACAGCAACUCCAGCUAAGGCUGUCAAAAGUGAAAAUGAUGCAUCUUCUGAGAAUGAGCGACUUCUAAGCCGGAGUAUGGAUAGUGAUGAAGAAGCUGCAGUUGACAAGCAAGGGACUCCAGAGAGAUGCUUGUUAUCUUUAGUGCAUCUGGCCAGAGAGAAAUCUUCUACAAGCAAUAAAUCAACUGGGAUUCAAAGUCGAAGGAAAAAGAUACUUGACGUGUAUGCUAACGUAUGUGACGUUGCAGAAGGUCUGAGCCCUACGGAGCUGCCAUUUGACUGCCUGGAGAAGACCAGCCGAAUGCUCAGCUCAACCUACAACACAGAGAAAGCCAUCGUGAAAACGUGGCGUCACCUGGCCGAGAGCUUUGGGCUGAAGAGGGAUGAGAUUGGCGGGAUGACAGAUGGCAUGCAGCUGUUCGACCGCAUCAGCACAGCAGGCUACAGCAUCCCAGAACUGCUCACCAAACUGGUGCAAAUAGAGCGAUUGGAUGCUGUUGAAUCCUUGUGUGCAGACAUUCUGGAGUGGGCACAAGCAAUGCCAGCUCCUGAACCAGCAGGGACAUCCUGACAUGCCUGCCUGGGGCCUACACUUCCCCAUCAGAAGCGUGAUUCCAGUAAGCACUGCAUCAAAGACUUUGGACUAAAGACCAUUGAUGCUUCUUCUACAUAAUUGCUCACAAUAACCAAUGGGAAGCU